GUUUUUUUUCCAGACUCCAACAACUUCUUGGCGUUCUCUCUCGUAUAUAUCCACACACGCAUACCUCGUAGUUGUUACCGAAUUUUUUUUUUCCCAAUUCGUUAGCUUUUCUCGGAAAUUUUCCGGUUUUCUUUCCCUCCAAAUCCCUGUAAAUCAGUAACCUUCUUUGUCUUCUCAGAUCUGAAUGUUUACGAUGAGUUGAUGAUGUCUUUUUCUAAGCGAAUUCAAUUUUGUAAUUCACUAAGCUUUAAGCUUUGUAAAUUUGGAUAAUUUUGGUGUAUAUACGAACAUUAGAGUAUCAGUAGAUGUCUUUCAAGGUGGAUUUUGGUGGAAUUUCAAGAAGAGGUUUUGAAAUGAAGCUGAAUUAUGGGUUGGGAUCUAGGUCUCGGCGGGUGAUUCAGGACACUUGGGUGGUGGCGGCGGAGGCGGAGAUGGAUGAUGGGUUGAGUCGGAGUUGUUGGGCGAAUAUGCCGUCGGAGCUGUUGAGGGAGGUUUUGGUGAGAAUAGAGGCGUCGGAGAGUAGUUGGCCGUUGAGGAAGAGCGUGGUGGCGUGUGCUGGAGUGUGCAGGAGUUGGAGAGAGAUCGUGAAGGAAAUCGUGCGGACGCCGGAGGGGUCCGGGAAGUUGACAUUUCCUGUUUCAGUCAAGCAGCCAGGUCCAAGAGACUCUCUCCUCCAGUGUUAUAUAAAGCGGAACCGGGCUACACAAACAUAUCAUCUUUACCUUAGUGAAUCUCAGGCCCUGGCUGAUGAUGGAAAGUUUCUUCUUGCUGCUCACAAGUGUCGGCGGCCCACCCACACUGACUACACGAUUUCUCUAAAUGCUGGUGUUAUGUCAAAGGGGAGCAGUACUUAUAUUGGAAAAUUGAGGUCCAAUUUUUUGGGGACAAAGUUCACAGUAUGUGAUGGUUUGCCGCCUCAUGCUGGAGCUAAAAUGACAAAGAGUCGGUCCACUCGGCUGGUGGGCUCAAAACAAGUUUCUCCUAGAGUUCCUGCUGGAAACUAUCCUGUUGCUCACAUCUCAUAUGAGUUGAAUGUAUUGGGAUCCAGGGGCCCAAGAAGAAUGCACUGUGUCAUGGAUGCAAUCCCGGUUUCUGCUAUUGAACCUGGAGGGGUAGCUCCCACGCAGAUUGAGUUUCCUCUUAGCAACAUUGAUUCCUUUCCAACACUCCCUUUUUUCCGAUCGAGAUCAAACCGCAUGGAGAAAAUUCUAUCGAGUCCUCUGGAUGGUCACAGGGAUAGGCCAUUGGUAUUGGAAAACAAGGCUCCCAGAUGGCACGAGCAGCUUCAGUGCUGGUGUUUGAACUUUCAUGGACGGGUAACAGUUGCUUCAGUGAAAAACUUUCAGUUGGUGGCUUCUCUGGAGAAUGGGCAGGCCAGAUCAGAGCAUGAGAAGGUCAUCCUCCAGUUUGGGAAAGUAGGAAAAGACGUGUUUACCAUGGACUACCGAUACCCUAUAUCUGCUUUCCAGGCAUUUGCUAUCUGCCUUAGCAGCUUUGACACCAAAAUUGCUCGUGAAUGACAUUCACCGAUAGCAAGCAAAUUGCAAAGUUAAAGGUUCAAGAUGGCAAAAAAUUUGUUCAAGAGUGUGAUUUCAGUGUCAGCCAAUGGUAGUGCAGGUGACAUACAAAGAAGCUGCUACCUUACCACAGUUUCUCCUUGUCGUUUUUGAUGUCUUCAGUUGUUCAAAAUGCAGGAAGAGGGUGGGUAUUGGGAAAAUUUGAACUAGUUGAAUUCAGCAUCCUCAUCAUACAGUUGGACUUUGUAAAUCUUCCUUUGUUUGUGUACAUAGUUACUGCUUUCAAGCAUGUAGUUUUUUAAAGGCGCUUUAGGGUUUGUCUCUAAGAUUUGAGCCACUGACAUUACUUUCGUAUGUUUGGCAACCUACACAUAAUAAUGUUUGAUUUGGUAUAAAAUUGUAGAUAACCUCUGUGAUGGGCUACGUGCUGGUCAAUGGAUCAGGCCGGGCUAGCCACCUCAAAAAUUUAUAGCUCAGCUCCUGUAUCGAUUUGAUCCUAAGAACGUUCACUGGUUUAAGUUGAUUAGGCCUAGUGAAUCAAAAGUCACUGCCCACGACCCACGAUCGUAUUAGUUGGCUAUUGGGGGCCUGAUUGUGCCUCUCAUACACAAGUACCGACUCAGUCCACUCCUGCUGCGUGGGAGUAUCCGCCGGUUGGUGUCGGGUUGGCCCCUAGGGCACUAUUCUCCUUGGGAGUGUAUUGCUGCUAGUUUCUACCUGUUAAUUCUCUUUCUGUCAUUGCAUAAUCUAUGUUAGCUUAUGUUGCUGCUGUGAGACCUAGUCGACGUUUCCAAAACCUAAACAAGCAAUGCACAUCAAUGCUGUUGGGUUGCCAGAGAUUUGUUUGGAGCAGUGGACUUGUAAUAGAAUAUGGAAAAGAAGUGGUACAGUGUUUUCGUAGCUAUAGUGCAUGAGAGAAUCAGAUUUAUGCAACCUUACACACAGGAGA